AUGCCAGAUCCUGGUGCCAAAAAGCGCAAAACACGUCUUUCAGGUCGAGACUUCAGAAUGACAAGGCAAGAGCCGGGCGCCACCUUGCUCGCUCUUGCAGACAAUGGCUUGUUGCGCCUCGUAGAUGAACUCCUUCUCAACGUCCUCGACCACAUCACGUCUCUUAGAGAUCUUUGUAACUUUGCAGCAACAUGUACGCGCCUUCAAGGCCUAGCAGAACCAUACAUCUGGCGCUCGCUACUAGUGCUCAGUGGGGGACAUGCGCGGAAUAUUGCCGCGGCAUUAGACAGUCGAGAUGCGCGAGUUGACUUCGUUCAAGAGCUAUCGAUCCGGUACAAAGACCAGGGAAAAGAGGGCAUCGAGGAUCUGAACCACUGGAUAACCCUCAUGUCGAAAUUGCGCCACCUGACGUUAGAGAGUCCGUGCCCGAACAACUCGGAGUGGAUGCAAGGCGAGCCUUUUGAUGGAUGGUCACGGAUCAACUAUUCAAACUUGGUGGCAAGCUCGGUCUUCCCGAGAGGAGGGUUGCCGCUUGCUUUGCCAAUGUUACAGUCUUUAACAUUGCAUGCGCAUGGAGCAGACGACAGAAAGUUUGAUUUUGACAGCCGCCUAGCUUCUGUUUUCUAUCACCCAACUCUCCGUAACCUCACCAUAUCCUGUCUGAACGUCGAGAAUCAAGACAUGGAAUCGACGAUCAAGUCCUUCGGCAAGGAGCGCAAAAGCACAGCUCUCCGCUCGCUAACAUUUAUUGAAUGUAACAUUAAUAUCGACACGCUUUACACUAUUCUCAGUAUGCCCAAGGCUCUAGAGCAGCUUUCGAUUGGCGAGCGCCUACACGUCUUCGAAGGAGCUAGCCCAUCGGUGGACUCCGCGCAACGAACCUCCUCGAGACGCUUUCUACCGGCUCUACAGCAGCAGGCACAUUCGCUCAGGAAGCUCACUCACAUUGGCGGCUCUCUGCCAUUUCUCCCAGGGCGGGAGACUGAUCCUGAAGGAGCAGCAAAAUUGCGCUCUUUCACCAAUCUCCAGCACCUCGAGCUCGGCUUCGAGUCACAUCUUUAUUACUACCUCCGUGAGAAUGGAUUCCCACCGUCACUCAAAUACCUCAAAAUGCUCGACAAUGCCAUAUCGAAUAACGCCAGCCACGACCCUGGCUCUCUUACAAGGAUAGUCUGGCGCUCGACCACAUCACUGGUCACACAACACUUUCCCUCCACCCUCCCGGACGACUUCACCCUUCACGUUCAAUAUUCACACCAUGCUGCUUUUCUUCACGAAGAAGCGGCGCAGUUUAUCUCUGUGCUAUUCCUCAGCCGUCCCUCGAUCUACAAAAUUGCCGACAUUCUGCAUGAACACAAGGGCCGCUUACUUGUAUCUUGUGACUCGUUCCCCUCUGGCACUCCCUAUAUCCCACCUUACAUGUACGGGGAGGAGUUACCGAUCGAGCAAAUCAUAUACGAUUCAGAUGAUUACUGGACUUUCAAUGGGAAAUACUAUCAAGCCAUCGAUGACGAAACGUUCUCAGUGAAAGCGGACCACGAUUUACUUGUGUGUCCGAGAUGCAUCAUCAGGGGGUUGCCAGGGAAAGGAUGCAAGCAGCUGGGAGACGGAAGUCGAUGUCAGCCGUGUUACAAAGCGGGCCUAAGUUGCGGAUGGGCAAGAGAUGAGAACGGGCUGAUUGUCAGACCUACGGAGGGUGAGGACAGUCCAUCAAGAAGUUUGUCAGAACCACAUCCAUAG